GAUAUUGGUAGCCCUGUUUCGUCCCCUGCCUUUCAUUGUUGCUAUUUAAUACCCGGUGUGUUUGCGUUUUUCAUUAUUUCUUGCAAAAAGUUUUGCUGUAAGUCUUUUACAAUCUAACGAAAAGUAUUGACAAUAAUUAUUUAGCAAACAAAAGAAGGCGGAGGGGGUAGCAGGAGGUGAAGAUGGAUAAUUUGGAGGAGGUAUUGCAAGCUCUUGACGAAUUUCAGAAAGUGCGUCCAAGUGAAAUACCUCGAGAGCUCGAAGAUUAUUUAUGUUGGGUUGCAAAAACUGGUGAUCCUGUUUAUCAGUGGUCAUUAAUUAAAACAUUGUUCAGAGAAAAACUUACUCGCGUGAUGACCGAAUUUUAUGAAAGUUGUCCGACGCUUGAUCUUGCACCGUGUCCGAACGUUGAGCAUUUCAAUUAUGAUAUGAUGAAAAGCAAUCUCUUGGAGCGUUUGGAAUCAUUUGCAAACGCUCCGUUCACUGUUCAACGAAUUUGUGAAUUAUUAACAGCACCACGCAAGGAAUACAAUAGAGUUGAUAAAUUUAUGAGAGCUAUUGAAAAAAAUAUCUUAGUUGUUUCUACUAGAGAACCUGGACCAAUAACCAGGAGAAAUGAAAAUGGAGAUGGUAUGGUAAAUGGAUCAGUAGAUGAAGAUCCAUCUGUAACACAGCCUCCUCAGGAUGUAGAAAUGGAAUAUUGGGAAAAGGACUGUUCUUCCACAGUUACAAUUAGCGUGCAUACUGUUGAAAAUGAAACGCCUUUGUUACAUACUGUUGUACCAACUAAUACUGUAGUAAAAAAUGUAUUUGAUACGGAAGAACUUUCACAUGAGAAAGUAGAAUCAACAUCUAAGUCAGAUAUUGUAGUAUCUAAUUUUAUACAAACUACUUCAGAGUUUUCCGGAGUUUCCAAUUUGAAUUCUCAAGCACAAACACAGGAUUCACAAAUUGGUUCUGCAAUACAAAAUCUGUCAACUAUAGUUCCUGAAAAUUCUGGAAUUAUUAGUGAUGUUUCAGAAGCAAUUAUGAAUGAAGAUACUAGUUCUCAACCUAGUUUAGAAUUGAUAAAUGAAGGAGGAGAUACUAUAGAUUCCUCAAGAAAAUUACAAACUACUUUCCAAACAAAAGAUUUUAGCACAAAUGAAAAUAAAUCGACAAAAUUUUAUAUAGAUAAUUCUAAGAUAAAUGAAAAGACAGAAGUUGAAUUAAUGUCAAUACAUGUACAAGAAGGAUCAAAUAAAAGUAAAGAUAUAUUAGUUAAAUCAGAUAUUGAACUCAAAACUGUAUUGGAUAAUAAAGAAUCAAUUAGUCCAAUUGUUGAAAAUCUAAAUACUAAUAAAAAUUUGGAAAAUACAAUAAAAUUAGAUACUGAAGUAGAAAACAUUCAAUCAAUUAUUGAUACAUCUAUUUCAAAUAAAAAAUCUCUAGAUAUGGAAAAUACAUCAGCAACAAACAAUUCAGAACAACUGACAAAUAAUUUAAUAUUAUCUACUGAUAAUGUAAGUACAGAGGAGACUAUAAAUACUUCAAAGAAUUUAUCUAUUGAUAUAGAAAAUUUGAAAGAUCAAACUAAAGAAGUAGAAUUAAUAAAGAACUCAAAAUCUAUAAUAGAAGAACCAUGUUCCAAAACUAAUGUAACAAAACAUUUCAAUCAGAAUCAAAAGAAAAAUGAUUUAAUUAUCACAGAAAUUGGAGAAGAUGAGGGCAGUAUCAUAAAAACUAUAGUACCUGAUCCAAUUCCUAUUGUUGAGGAACCAAAAAAUAUAGAGUCUAUUAAAAUUAAAGAAAACAUUUCACCAAUUAUUGAAAUAACAGAAAAAUCAGAAAAUCUGCAAAAUUCUCCAAUAAUAUGUCAAUCAGAAAACAAAGAAAAAAUGUCUAUUAAAGAUAAUAAUGUAGCACAAUUACAAGGUAAUAAUAUAACUUCUACCAUAAAUAAAAUACAUGAUAGUGACAUAGUAAUUGAAAAUAUAAUGAAUAAAAAAGAACAGAAAGAGGUGGAAUUAAUGGAUGUAGAUGAAGAAGAAACAUUAUCCGUGUUUCAACAAGAUGAUGAAGUCAUGGAACAAGAAACAGUACAAUCAUCUAGAAGUUAAUGAUAUGUAAGAAGAAGAUUUUAUUCAUAUUUUUUAAUAUUUGAUUUUGAUUUUAAUAGAAAACAUAAAAAAGAAAAAUAGAAAAAAUGGAAUUUGUUUAAAUGAUAAAAAUUUGUAUUGUAUUUCAAAUAUG